AUGCUCACAGAAAGCUUCGUUGCGGCGACUCUGACUGCGAACAAAGCUGUGGCACAUGCUAGCGCCGCUUUGAAAGAUGUAGGCAUAUUCCUUCACGAGUUUCAACCUCAGCGCGUCCUCCGGCAAGGCUUCAAGAAGAGUUCCAGUCAACCAGGCUGCGUGGCCAUCAGUGAUUCGCACAUCUUCGCGGCCCAGGCAGAAAAGGCAGUUAUAAACGUCUAUAGUCGAGAAAGGGUCAAUCAAGAAGCCACUGUCCCAUUUCCCGAGCGGAUAUCCAGCCUCGCCUAUGCCCGAGGAGCAGAAAUCUUGGUUUUGGGGACUGAGGCAGGGAAAUUGAUUCUAUGGGAAGUUGCAACAGGCAGAGUAACAAAUUCGGCGGCGUCCCAUCUUCAAGCUGUUUCGUGUCUUUGCAUCACACCUAGGAACGAAUACAUCAUUUCUGGCUCUGCUGACUCGAGCAUUCAUGUUUGGUCGCUAGCAAAACUAGUCUCGUUCGCGCCGCCUUCAGACAACUAUGAGGACGACGGUGCCUCAAAUGCUCCCGUCAAGACCUUUUCAGGGCACCGAACGGCUGUUAGUGCCUUGAUAUGUGGCCACUCCAGCAUCACUACAAAUUUUGCGGUUUCAACUUCCAGCGAUGGAACAUGCCACAUUUGGCAUAUCGAGACAUGUCAAGUGUUGCGGACUGUGUUGCUACCCUCCUACGCAACUUCCAUCACAAUUGAUCCAGCGGAUAGAGCCAUCUAUUUUGGAUGCAAAGAUGGGAGGAUCCAGUCUUGGGACAUCUUUCAACAGUCGCCCACGACCAGUAUUUCACUUUCUGAGCAUCCAACCCCUCCGGCCAUACAACUUUUGGAGAAGGAUAGUUGGAAAGCCUCAUCCGCCGACGUGGGAACAGUGAAUUGUGUUACUCUCUCCUAUGACGGGACAUCCGUCCUCUCUGGUCAUGUGAAUGGAACUAUCAUCCGUUGGGACGUCGCUAAGCGUCGAAUUCUACAAGAUCUGACGAACUUGGGCCAACCAGUCACGAACAUUGAGAUGCUCAAACCCGAAGGCUUUCCUAAUGUGGAAAGGCAUGGGUAUACUAUCUCAAGCGUUGUGAAGCCCAACCUUGAUUUCGCGUCAAUGAAAGACAACGGUACUUGCGGCAUACCUCCGAACUACGGUCUCCAUAUCUCGAUCACUGCCCGAAACAGCCUCCCCGAACAUGACGAAUUCGCAGAAGCUAUUACCGGUCCUGGGAUCCCACAAUCUAUGCUGGAUGCAGCCAUCCACUCCCUAGCAAUGGGGAAUAGCGCAACCCAAGCCUACGUCUCAACAGAUACUGCCGGGAUAGCCAAGGCAGAAAGACUCGAAGAGGAAGUGUCCAAGUUAAAACAGCAGCUCGCCGUCCUACACAAUCUGGAAGCAAAACGGAGGGACAAGAGGCUUGCGAGAAUGGGCAAGCGGGAUGAUCUGGCGCUGAAGAAGAGGGAAGCGUAUUUUGAAGCGCAAAGACAAGGAAAGGACGGAGAUGCAGCGAUGAAAAAGUGGGAGAAGAAGGAAGCGGACCUCGAUCGUGAGAGCGACGAAGACGUUGAAGAUGGAGAAGAGAUGGAUGUCGGCUGA